AUGCAGUUCAAACAACUUGCUGUCGUUGUGCCUCUGCUUGCGUUUGCUAGCGCCUCUCCCGUUGCGGAACCAAAGCCGGAGCCCGUGGAUGUCGCUACUCGGGCUCAGCUUGAGAAGGACUCUGAUGACAUAUGGCUGUGGAAGAAGCGUGAAGCCGCCCAGCUUCAGAAGGAUUCUGAUGACGUUUGGCUGUGGAAGCGAGCCGAUGAUUCCGACGAUGUCUGGCUAUGGAAGCGGGGACAAGAAGCGACCAUCAAGCGCGCCAAUCUCGCCAAAGAUUCUGAUGAUAUCUGGCUUUGGAAGAAGCGUGAGGCUGGAAAGCUUGAGAAGGAUUCUGACGACAUCUGGCUGUGGAAAAAGCGCGAAGCCAGUGAGAAGAGCAAUAAAAGCAAGAAGAGCAAGCUCGUCAAGGACGCUGAUGAUAUUUGGUUGUGGUAG